AUGUCUCGUGUUCUCUGGACGGCCCUUGAAAAACCAGGGAAGGCUAUUAAUCUGUGCUGCAUCGUACCGAUAUCCGCAUCAGGUCUCCAAGGUGAACAGCCUCUAGUCGAUAGAAUAAUAAACGACUCCGCUAGACUGAACGGGACUCGCUCCCAAAGUCGCGAAGAGUCGUUUGCACGAAAUAGUUUACCCUGGACUGUACACGAGCAAGACAAAUUGGUUUCCCUGGUCGAAAGACACAGGAUGGCCACGGGGCGCGUGCAAUGGGUCGAACUCGAGAAAUCGUGGGAAGCCCUUAGAAAGCACGAUGACCCCAUCAGAACGAGAGGUGCUUUGAAAGCAACCUAUAACAGACUCGUCAAAGCAAACAGACGGGCAUUAAGCGGAAUCCCCCAGACUGAGGCUCAAAGCACUCGGCUGAGUGAGGAAACAUCCGCAGUAGCUGGGCCGGAGACCAGCUGUCGAAAUGAAGGCGCUGCCACGCCGGGAAUAAGAAGUCCUGGCAGCUGCUUGGAAACAAGCAGUGCGAAUUCAGAACAGCGGCAGUCGCCUCAGAGAGCUACUACAAGCACUACCUCUAGUAGAAGGGGUGCUUAUCGGAGCGACAGCGAAUUGUACAGACGCGACGCGCAGAAUCAGUUAACACCGCAUCGUCAUAACGAUAUCCUUCCAUGCCUUUCGAGCGCGGUCAGAAAUAUGACUUCCGAGGAUUGCUGCCAAAUGAAAGAGGCCGGAAUGGUGCGGUCUACAUUGAAGCUCGUACCAGUACUGAGCGAGAACGUGAGAAAAUCCCCCCCAUCAGCCAAAAAUACGCUGAGGAGGAAAUAUCAACCCGCUACUACAGAAACUGACCUGAUUAAUCAGGACAGUCAGCAGGGUGGAGUGGAGCCUGUUGAGCAUAUCGAGGAACGGUCAACUAGUCCUAAUGGUGACUCGGAAACGAGCCAACCUGAUAGGACUCUCGGCGAUAAGCUCAGAGAGCGAUUCGAUGCCUAUUACAAGGCAGCCAAAGAGUCGCAUGACAGGCAACCAAUAAGAAGGCCCAAAGGAGAAAUACCUGAGGGCAUGCUCCAGCUCGCAAAUGAAAUCCUUUCAGAGAAGCUGGGGCACACUAACUCCACCAAUAAGCGCACACUGACAGCUUUGAACGCUGCAGUGUAUGCCAUCGCCAAAGCCAUCACAACGAUCCUGUUGGACGGCGAGGCUGAAAAGGCGGAAGGACCCCUAGAGAUCAACCAUCUCUUCUAUAUGGAUGAUCUAAAGGUUUACUCGCCCAGAUGGGAUGAUAUAGUGAAAGCCCAAGAGGGCAUCCAGAAAGUGGCUGGAGAGUUAGGACUUCGAAUGAAUCCCAGCAAGUGUGCUGUGAAUUCACUGAACCACCCCCCGCCACUGGUCACAACACCUGGGAUGGAGGAGAUACCUGUCCUAGGUUCAAGUUCGCUCUACAAGUAUUUAGGAGCAGAACAGAACGCUCUUGUAAGUGUGGAUCAACUGUGGUCUCGUACUAGAGAAAAAGCGUUGGCCGCAGCCCGAAGGAUUAUGCUCAGCGACCUUGCGGUUCGCCAAAAGGUCAAUGGGUAUAACCAAGUGGUGAUCCCAAAACUAAAAUAUGCAAUCUCGUGCAUAAUUUACGGAACAGGAAAGUUCUGCACAAUGAGAAAGCAAGCAAGAGCGUUUGAUGAGUCGGUCCGUAAGCUGUUAGCAGAAUCGCAUUUGCGAUUCGGCCACAGCUGCGUACCAAGACUCUACGUUAACAAAGAAGAAGGAGGAUUGGGACUGAAGUCCGCAGAGGAGGAGAUGGAGCACACCAUUGUUUAUACAUGGUGUUAUCUCGCCUCUCGACCAGAAUUCCACAUCCCCUAUCAUCUUUGUGAAAGCCUAAGAGGCAGCAACAAACGAUCACUCACCUCCGACUUUAGAGCCGUGAUGGCUGAAAACAGGUUGGAGGAUGAAGUGACUCGCAUUGCUCAAGCUUCUAUUCAAGUGAAAGAUCGAACAUUCGCAGCGGCCACUGAAGCCGCAAGAGCAAUAUCUACCCUCGUUCACGAACGAUGGGCGCGAACGCGAAUGCAUGAAUGGAAGAAAAGAGUGGUAGCGAGCAGAAUGAUCAGUAACAACGAACCCUACGUCUGUCACAAGGAUUCGUUCUUGUGGUCACAGACCGGAUGGGUGUCCUCUGAAGUCUUACGAAACGUUUGGGCUGCCCAAGAGGCUUCUCUGCCGACAAAAGCCAGCGCUUCAGGACAAUCAAUCUGGGCGAAUAGUAACCAGAUGUGUCGAAUGCGUUGCAAUGCAAAGGAAACGGCAGAACAUAUAGGGGCGGGUAGUCUUCUAUUGAAUGACGCUGCCCUUACUACCGAAGCUCAACCGCGUAGGAGUGCUAGAUUACUCCGAUCCUCGACGCGAACCAGGCGCUCACCUGAAAGGCCCUCUGAGCCUGAAGCUCAGAACCGCAGAAGAGAGCGCCGCAAGGGUGUACUGUGGAGUGCCGACGAAUUAAUAAAGCUCGCAGAACUGGUCGAGAGACACAGAAUAGCGAGCGGUCGCAUAAUGUGGGCUGACGUGGUUACGGCCUGGGAAAGCUCACGAACAAGCGGAGACCCAGAAAGAACAGAAGCGGCCCUUAAAGCUGCUUACGCGAACCUUGCCAGGCGUACUGAGCGAGGAACGGUGAGAAAUGCCCCACCAGCAGAAAAUACGCUGGAGGAGGAAAGUCAACCCGCUACUACAGAAACUGACCUGAUUAACCAGGACAGUCAGCAGGGUGGAGUGGAGCCUGUUGAGCAUAUCGAGGAACGGUCAACUAGUCCUAAUGCGAAAGGAGUCAGGCGUAGACCCAGCCUGAAGUUCUUCCAAGUAGCUGAAUGUUAUAACAUUAAACGUCGCGGAGAGCUGAGGCGAGUCUUGAGAAGACUCAAGGAUCAGCUCAAUGUGACACAGCUCGAAAUCCGGAAGUUAGAAGAGGCGAGACAGCGAAAGCUAGUACGCCGUCGAGGAGCCUCUUAUGUGGUUCAUGAGCUCUCCGAGCGACCGACUGAGGUGCCUGUGGCCAGUCGAAAGGAGGGAGUCAGGCGUAGACCCAGCCUGAAGUUCUUCCAAGUAGCUGAAUGUUAUAACAUUAAACGUCGCGGAGAGCUGAGGCGAGUCUUGAGAAGACUCAAGGAUCAGCUCAAUGUGACACAGCUCGAAAUCCGGAAGUUAGAAGAGGCGAGACAGCGAAAGCUAAUACGCCGUCGAGGAGCCUCUUAUGUGGUUCAUGAGCUCUCCGAGCGACCGACUGAGGUGCCUGUGGCCAGUGUACGCGAGUACUGGAAACCUAUAGUCGGGGAAUAUCAACCAUUCGAAGUAAGCCCCGAACUUGAAGAAUGA